AUGAACAAUUACGUACUCACUCUUGCUGUUCUGCUAGGAUCAGCUAUAACUCACCCAACUUACUACAAAGUUGAUAGAAAUAUCACCUGUGUUCAGCCUUCACCAGCUCAAGUCUAUUCUUAUCACAUUCACUUGCUUUUCUUCUAGGACAACAAGGAGGAUACUGAGAGUGCUUUGUAAAUAAGGUCAGAUUUUAUGGCUGCUUUCAAUGAUACACUUGGCCCAGACUGCACAGAUCUCUUCCAUAAUCCAUAUGCUUGCAUGGGAAGCACUGAUCAAGCUCCAGAUGGGCCUUUCCCAACAGCAUAGUGGUCAGUUUUUGUGCUCCCAGAUCACAUUGGCGCAAUGGCUGCUUGGGUUAUGUAGCACAGAAAGAGUCAUAGUAUGCUUAUCCAUCCAAACUCUGGCUGUGAAAUUGAAGAUCACUCAAACUGGACUCUCUGGGGAGGGCAACCAUGGUCACUAGAUCUCACAACUCUUCACUACGAUAAGCCAUUCCCAUGGGAUAAUGCCAAGGAUUUAAUUUAAUGA